AUGACCGACCAGGCUCCGCAACUCACGCCUGUUGGGGAAAAGUCCCUGUUGGCGAAGUGUAAACCCAGCACCGUGGCGUACUGUCCCUCGAUGGACUUGAUCGCCCUAGCCACUGAUGAUGAUGAGCUACAUGUAUUCCGACUCAAUGAGCAACGUGUAUUUGGGGGCUCUUUCGGGGGCGAUCCCUACCUGGGCGAGGAUGAAGAGGAUGGAGAGGUGAGGGCGUUAGCAUGGAAAGGAAAUGGUCGUCUGCUCGCCGUAGCCUGUGGCGACGGGUCUAUCCGUAUCAUCAGCGCGUACAGUGGCAAGACUGUUCACCACUACCCGGCUUAUGAAGGGAAGAGCGAAGAACCCCCCGGCCCUGACCCAAAACCGUCCCCAAAGGUGACCUGCUUGGGCUGGGGCAUCAACUUUACAGACAGCAGAGCCGCGGAGAAGCACCUGCAGGGCUCUGCGGGUCAGAUCUCUGUGGACGACCUCCUGAAACCGGGGAUCCAUCCAUCCCAAGCGGCCGCUAUCCUCAAGGCAGACCUACCGCGAGAGCUAGCGUUGCUGGAUAUUGAAAGCUCCCUGCCCAAGCUGAGCACCCUGCCGGCGACGGGCGCCGAAGAUGACUUGUUCAGCUCGCGGGCUUCCAUUGAUGCUAUUUUCCAUUCGGCAGCGAAGGACAAUAGCGACUCGGUGGAUGUGCUGUUCGUUGGAUUUGAUGAUGGCAGCGUCCACCUCCGGAUAUUUGACUGUUUCGAGAUCGGCUCGUUUCCUGUCGGCGAAUCGGCUGGGCUCGCUGAAUCGUGCCGUAUUCUCCGUCAUGCAUCACAUCCCUUGAGCUCAACGCACGCGUUACUAAUAUCGCCUGCCAAGGGUCAAUGUCGGGCGCCUCACAACCUUGUCACCUUGGAUCUGCGGUUUAUCACGAAAUCCGGGCGAUAUUUGUCUCUGCUUGCGUCAAAGACGACACAGCUUCAGAAUUUGCUGCGGUAUAUUGGCCAAGUGCAGAAGCAGAUUGAACUGGAAUGGAAAAAUGCGCAAGAGUUACCGGCGCGGUUUAUACGAAGUGUCAAUCAGGACCUGCAAGAGCAGUGCCAGUGCGAUUUUGUCACGGCUAUCUACCAUCUCGUUGUCACUGGCCACUGCUUUGAGCCAAUGAAGGAGUUUUUGGUAGAUAUUGUUGGAGAAAGAGGACACAAACGAUGGGAUAAAGCCGUCUCUGGUGGCUACGAAACCAUUCGACGACUAACCCAUGAGUGUCUGCUUCCGGCACUUGAGAGGAGUCAAGUACUUCUUAGUCGACUUGUUGGCCUAUCGAAAUUCCACAAACUCAGCGAUGUCCUCGGCCUAGACACCUCCAAACUCAACGCCAUUGUCGACACGCUCGACUGCCUGCACCUUCUCGCUCACCGCAUCCUCAACCACGCCAACGAAGAGCUAGAUCAAUUCUACGCCUUCUCGCGCUGGCUCCGUCACGAAAUCAUGAUCCUAAAUAGCGAACCUCUCUCUCAAACAUGGGAAGAACUGCUCGAGAAACGAGACCUCUUCGAUGUCCCUCCCACGGUCAAGUACAUCACCGGCGCACUGCGCAAGAGUGUCCUGCGCAACUUCAUCCGCCAACUCCCCAUGAUCGGAGUCCCACAGAUGCCUAUCCCCGCCACGGACAAAUGGCUCCCUGAUGGUCACGAUCGAUCAUUUUAUGAUACCUUCAAAACUUUGCUCAGCCAGCAGAGGCAGGUUUUGGCGGAGGGCGGCGAUGGAACGUCUGUUGAUACGCCAAAACUAAAUGACUUGACAAGGAGGCUGGGGAUACAGUUUGAGAGGGUGUUUGCGGAGAUUGCACUGACGCAGAGGCGGGGCAUUUUGCACCGGUCUCCGAUCACGCUUCAUGAGGAUUGCGAUCAGGAUGUUCUUGAUCUGAAGAUUUGCUAUGAGAACGCGGAAGAGGGGCGGCCUUGCUCUAUCUACGUGGCAACAAGAUCGAUAACUUCAAAGGCAUUAGUUUACAUUUACCGCGUUGUGCUUGACUCGAUCAACGGGGUCAGCUCGACUCGUAGCACGUCUAUUGCAGCUAUCACUCUCGAGAAGGGUGAGGUUCGCCAGCUACAAUUUGUCGAUGAUGACACACUCAUGAUUCUUUACGCCGACGGCGAAUCCGCUUAUCUUCUUAACUUCCCCUUCCAGCCCGCAUCAAUCCAAAACUCGUCAGAAAAAGCAGGGCCCCCUCCGUUGCCAUUGGACUACAUUGGCUGUGGUCCUCAUCCUGAUACACCUGAGCCAGCCGUCCACCCCACCCCACUAGAUAUCCAACCGCCUUAUGAUACAGACAUUGUCAAACAUGCCUUUGCAUCAUCGGGUUCGAAGGCAAAUCCGUUACAGAUUGACGUAAACGGGCGGAAGGGCCGCCGGGCAAUCUGUGUGUUAUAUGGGGACGCCAUGCGGUAUGAUGUAUUCGAUUUGGAUGCGGCUAUGGAAACGGAAGAAUUUGAAGAGGAAGAAGAUGAAGAGAUUGAGGGCUGA